AUGGCACCCUUUGCCCAGGUCUUGGCUGAACUGGGCAGCUUUGGUCACUUCCAGGUACAGCUGCUGAUACUGCUGAGUGUGCCCAGCUUCCUGACUGCCUUCUACAUGUUCACCCAGGUCUUCAUGGUCCUGGACAAGGCCCACUAUUGUUCAGUGACCUGGGUCAGGAAUCAGACUCUGAAUCUGAGCGCGGCUGAGCAGCCGGCCCUGAGCUUGCCCCUGGAUGCUGCAGGCAGUCCCAAGCCCUGCCUCAUGUUCCAGUUGCCCCCUGAUGGUGCCAGCCUGGAGGACAUCCUCAGCCACAGCUUCAAUGAGACACAGCUUUGCGAGGUGGGCUGGGUCUAUCCCGAAGGCAGGCCCUUGUCCGUAGAGAAUGAGUUUAACAUGGUCUGUGGUUGGAAGCAUCUGAAGGAAACCUCCCAGUCGGUGUAUGUGGCUGGGCUCCUCAUUGGGGCGCUCAUCUUCAGGCCCCUCUGCAACAGGAUUGGCCACACGGCCACUCUCCUGGUGCAGCUGCUCCUCUUCACCAUCCUCGGCGUGAGCGCAGCCUUUGUGCCCAGCUUUGAGCUCUACAUGAUCCUGUGCUUUUCUGUGGCCGCAGCCGUCGCUGGAUAUACCUUCAGCAACGUCACCCUACGUGACCUCUGCCUGUUUUCAAUUACAGAGUGGGUGGGGCCCUCGUGAAGGAUCCAGGCUGUGGUCCUGGCACAGUGCGCCUUCUCCCUGGGGCAGAUGGCUCUUGCAGGACUUGCCUACCGCAUCUGGAACUGAAGACUCUUCCAGAUUGCUGGUACUGCACUUGUCUUUCUGCUCUUCUACUUCUGGGCCCUGCCAGAAUCUGCACGGUGGCUCCUUACCUGGGGGAGGGGAGAGGAGGCCAAACAACUGAUCCAGAAAGUAGCCUUGGUCAACAGGCGCAAACUCUCCUCCGAGCUCCUGAGCCAGAUACUUCUGGCCCCAGAGAAGACCAGCCCUGCAGGGAAUGCCCUAGAUCUGUUCCAACACCCCCAGCUCCGGAAGGAGACCCUGAUUCUUUUCUACAUCUGGUUUGUGGACAGCCUGGUAUUCUAUGGCCUGGGCCUCAGGGUGGGGGAUUUUGGCCUGAAUAUCUACCUGACACAGUUAAUCUUUGGAGCAGUAGAGGUGCCUGCCUGCUACUGCAGCAUCUUUAUAAUGGAAUGGAUGGGCCGCAGGUAGAGUCAGUCGGGGAUUCUGGUUCUGGGUGGCCUCGUGUGUAUCACCAUCAUCUUCGUCCCAGCAGAUCUGCCUGUGGUGCUUGUUGUGCUGGCUCUGGUGGGGAAGUUUGCCUUGGCGGCUGGAUUUACCAUCUUCUACGUGGACUCUGCUGAGCUCUUCCCCACUGUCAUCAGGCAGAAGGGCAUGGGGCUGGUGAGCAUCUUCUCAAGGAUCAGGGGCAUCCUCAUGCCACUCAUGAUCCUGCUGGGCAAGUAUCAUGCGUCCCUGUUCGUGCUCAUCUACGGCAGCCUCCCCAUUGGGGCCAGCUUACUCUGCCCUGGCCAGACCCUGAAGGACACCGUCGACGACCUGGAGCAAGAAUUCUGACCACGCUCUCUGAAGGCAGUGCUCUCAGAAAAGGAUUUGGAGGCCUCGGGAAGUAUCUCCAGCCCAGGGGUAGCCUUUAAAGCAGCACUUAGCUCUGUGACUAUGUCUCCAAAGCUAGACCGGCAGCAGCAGAGAGCUGCCUAG